GACAGGUCUCCAGACUAUCACAGGACUGACACAUAGAAACAGACAAUGCAUCUAAAUUACAUUACAAAAUAUAAUGAUAUAGUUAUUGUUAUAAUAAUUACAGGUGCAUCUCAAUAAAUUAGAAUAUCAUAGAAAAGUUAAAUUUAUUUAAUUCCUUCUAAGUAUAAUGAUUAUGGCUUACAUUUAAUGAAGACCUGAAAUCCACUGUCUCAAAAAAUGUAUAUUACAAAAGAACAAUUUUAAAAAGUAUGUUUAAUAUGGAAUUGUUGGCCUUUGAAAAGUAUGUCCAUAUAUGCACUCAAUACUUGGUUGGGGCUAUUUGACUUGAACUACUGGACUUUUCCAUGAUAUUCUGAUUUAUUGAGAUGCACCUGUAUAAUUUUGUUCAUUAUAAUUUUUGUAACAGUUGUUAUUGUUUUAAUAAUUAUACAUGUGUUAACAAUAACAAAAUUAUAAGACACUAAAAGUCGCGCAUGCACACACAUUUUGCCACCAUCUAUCAGCCACAAUGCGACCUGAAAGUUACAUAUUAAACAUAAAAGCAAACCAUAUUUUCGCUCACUGACACAGACAUUGCUCGGUGUCAGGUGUCAGAUCAUCACUUGUUUAAACGAAUGAGUGAUUACUGAAGUAGUCAAGUUUUGGCAGUAUAUAGCGAUAUACAUUUUCAAACAUAUUUCCUCAUAUCAUUACUUAUUUACAUAUAACAAAAUAUAUAAACUGUGAAUUUGUGUAUUUUUUUGCCAAUGUGAUGGGAAAUUAAAUAAUUUCAACUUGGUAUUUAGGCACACCUGUAGAUGAGUGGAUGCCGUUUUAGUCGUCUAGUCCAAGUCUAUGAUCUGACAUUAACGUAUGAGCCCAAUUUAUUGCCCUAGGCAAAUUGUAUGUACUACCCCAGGGGUGGACAAUUAAUUUUCGCAAGGAGCCACAUGACCAAUACCACGAAGGUUGCAGGGGCCGGACCAAAACUUUGAACUAAAUUCUGCUCAAUAUUAAUUUAAUCGCUUUAUAAAAUACAGUAAAUUAUCUGGUUUUAAGCUGCUACUGACAUGUUAUGAUAAGACUGUUAAAGUGGAGUAUAAAAUAUAGCAUUAAAAAGUAGUAAAUAAUCCAAUCACUAUAUCAUUUUUCCAUUUAUUUUAAACACAACUGUAAAUGACUUUUAGCAAGGUUCCUAUUAGUGUUUUUGUAUUAUAUAGCUUGUUUUUCAUGUUUGUAAAUUAUCUAGGUGUUUUACAAUGUUGUGAUGCUGUUAUUUUGAAAAGGUGCCGUCCUUUAUGAAACGGGUGCUUUAAUUUUGAAAGGUAGUGACAGGAAAUAACAGUUGGAACGGUAAAAUGAAAAAGGAACUAAAAAUAAGAGUGAGUAAAUAAUAGUGCGUCGUUAUUAAUAGAAAAUUGAUAUACAGUAUCAAAAACGCUUCUAUAGUGUCUGGAUUACAGGUAUAUUGCAGGCACUCCCACAAAUCUGUGUGUUAAAAGACAGAUCAACGGUAAUUACUUCUAGUAAGAGAGCAGUUCAUGAAAGGAACAACGUGGUUUCAUUAACAGGAUUCUUCUGCUUUCCAGAGUGAAAAUGGUGGAUUAUGAAGUGACCAUGACCUCUGGCAAUCUCGCCGGUGCCACCACUUUUAAUGAUGUCUUCAUUAAGCUGGUGGGCACGGAUGGGGAGAGCGAACGCCAGUCACUUUCUAAAGGAGGAGCAGUGUCUACUUUUACCCUGUCCUGCCCUGCGUCGAUUGGAAAGCUGGUCCUGAUAGAGCUAGACAAACAGCAUUGCAUACCGUACACAGAGGACUCUUGGUUCCCUGCCAAGGUAGAAGUGAAAUCCCCUGAGGGAAACACCUACAACUUUCCCAUCUACCGCUGGAUCUCUGACAGCGAGGUGCACCGCUUCAGAGAGGGAACAGCGCUGACAGUCUCUGAAGAUGUCGUAGAUAGUGGCCUGAGCAGUCGGCAGCAGGAGAUGAAGGAGCGAGAGAAUGAGUAUCGCUGGGACGUUUAUGCUGAGGGAGUUCCCCACAUCAUGAAGGCAGAAGACACUGAUUCUCUGCCUUAUGAGGUCCGCUUAUCCUUCUCCAAGAAACUACAAUUGGGCUUUACUGCCGUCGCUGCACUGGCUGAGCUGAAACUGAAAGGACUGGCUGAUUCCAAGGAGAACUGGCCUGAUAUAGAUUCUAUCAAGGUGUUCUGCUGCAAACGGACUGACAUGUCAGGCUACGCCCAGCGACAUUGGAAAGAGGACGCUUUUUUCGGCUACCAGUUGCUAAACGGUGUCAACCCCAUAUUGAUCCGACGCUGUUCAGCUCUGCCUGAUAACUUCCCUGUCACUGAUGAGAUGGUCUUCCCCAGAGGACAGUGUAAAUUGGCAGAUGAAAUGAAGAAAGGCAACAUCUUCCUGUGUGACUACAAGCGUUUGGAUGGACUGAAAGCAAACACCAUCUAUGGGAAGAAGCAGUACUUGAUGGCUCCUCUUGUCCUGCUCCACAAAACACCUGAUGAUAAGAUAAUGCCAAUUGCUAUUCAGCUGAAGCAGACUCCAGCAGAUGACAAUCCCAUCUUCCUCCCUACUGAUUCUGAGUACGACUGGCUGAUGGCCAAGAUUUUUGUGAGAAGUGCAGAUUUCAACGAGCAUGAGCUCAACGUUCACUUCCUGCGCACUCAUCUGCUGGCUGAGGUGUUUGCAGUGUCGCUGCUGCGCAACCUGCCCAUGGUGCACCCACUGUACAAGCUCCUCAUACCGAACACUCGACACACUCUGCAGAUCAACGUCAUUGCUCGAAAGCUUCUUUUUUCUGAGACUGGAAUUUUCACAAUGACUGCAGCCACUGGUGGAGAGGGCAUGAUCCCACUCCUGCAGAGAUCUCUGUCCGCACUGACCUACAGCUCUCUCUGCAUACCAGAAGACAUUGCUGAGCGUGGGCUGGAGGAUGUGCCGAACUUCUACUACAGAGAUGAUGGACUCAGGCUUUGGGAUAUUAUCCACAGCUUUGUGCAGGGACUGCUCGGCUUCUACUACAAGAGUGACGCUGAAGUCCAGCAAGACUCUGAACUGCAGAAGUGGAUUGCUGAAAUUUUUGAACAUGGAUUCCUUUCCCAAGCAAGCUCUGGAAUUCCUCAGAAAUUUGACACCAUGGCUGAGAUGGUCAAGUUUGUCACCAUGGUGAUCUUCACUGGCUCAGCACAGCAUGCGGCUGUGAACAGUGGACAGUAUGACUAUGGUGGCUGGAUGCCCAACGCUCCCACCUCUCUGCAACUUCCUCCACCAACCACAAAGGGAACAACAAGCGAGGCCAAGAUGCUGCAGACAUUACCUAACAAGAGCACAACAGCUUACGGAUUGGCCGUCUUUUGGCUUCUCAGCAAGCAGUCCUCGGACUUUGUCCGUCUCGGCCAGUACCCACAGGACCAUUUCAGUGAGGAGGUUCCCCUCAAGCUGAUCAAGGUUUUUGAAGCAGAUCUUGAAGUGUUAAGUACAAACAUCAAAGCCAGAAAUAAAAGUCUGGAGAUCCCAUACACAUACUUGGAUCCAGCAGAUGUAGAAAAUAGUGUGGCCAUUUGAACAUCAGAAGGUGUGACCUCCUCAGCUCUCGGCCAUAAUCUAAAAUUGAGAAGGAAUACCGGAUGAUUUUAGCUGAUCUCUUAAUGGAAAGAAACUACUGUGUAUUAUGAUUAAACAUGAUUAUUACACUGAUCUGUCAAGGUUCUUAGUUUGCCAAUGAAUAUACAGAACAUCUUAUCAAAAUGAAUUUAAAAUGCAUAUAAGACUGCUUUAUUGAAUCAUAUAAACAGAAAUAGCUCUCAUGAACAAAAUGCAUCACUUUGCACUUGUCUGCCCUAUUUAGAUAAUUACUCUGUUCUGUCUCCAUUAUUUUUUCUAGUACACAUCAAUGUGUCUGUUGCAUAAAUAACCUUUUGCUGAUUUACUGAGCUACUGCUUGUUCUCUAGGUGAGCCUGUGUCCCCAUGUUCAAAAGUGCCCUCUUGGAUGCCUCUGUGGUAGAUAAAAUAUGAUGAAGUGCCCUCUAGGGGGCCUCGUAGGUUGCUUUAAGAUUGAGAAAACUCAAUAUAUAGUGUCUGCUCAACACUGACCUACCUUUUUUUUUUUUUUUUUACCCCUACCCCUCAGACAGCCUAAGUCCACAUCGUGCAUAUGAAUAUAAAAGACAUGUGGCUGAUUUGUCAUUUCAUAAUCAUAGCAGAGCCCUAAUUAAACCCAGUGCCAAAACUUAAUUUAGGAUAUUGUUGAUGAUGAUUAAAAAAUGAACUCUUUGAUUUCUUGAUUAAAACUGAAUCAGUUGUCUCUAAAUUCUAAACAUUCUUCAUAUUAUUGAAUGUUUGCUCUGAUAUAAUGUGGGUCUGGUUCAUUUGUGUGUAUUAAUUUCUGUCUAAUAAUACUUCCUCUGUGUGGUCAUUUUUAACCUGAACUGUAACUAAGGUCUGCUGUAAACUGGGAUCAAAUCCCCUUACCAAAGUUAAGCAUUGGCUCAGGCUACGUAAUGAUAAGUGCCUUGGAUAUUAUUAUUGCUAUUAUCAUCAUUACUUACAAACAUUGUCUUUCAUUGAUGUUGUUAAUGUUUACUGAGUGUAACUCUCAAAAUCAAACUGUAUUUUAAAUAGACUGACAAAUAAAGAUUCUGAUUCUCAGUGUUUUAAGAAAUAAAUCAGAUUUAU